UGUCCGCUGCGGACGACUUCCGGCGGCGGCGUAAACAAGGCCCCGGCGGCCGGAGGCGGGGCGGGCUGCGAGUGCGAGCCGCCUCGGCCGCUCUCCCGCUCCGAGCUAGGUCCCAGCCGCGGCGUGGUCCCCGCGAGACCCGCAGCCGCUGUCGGCGCGCGCCCCAGCGCUCGGCCCGGAGGCGGAGGCGCAGCGCAGGAGAGGCGGGUCGUUCGCGCUGGCUGCGCGCCGCGCCGCGGUCCACCGCUCCGCUUUCCUUUGUCUCCCGCCUGCGGGGCCGGAGCGGUCUCGGUGGCCCGCGGUGCAGCCUCAAGAUGGCUGAUGGCAACGAGGAUGCUCGAGCGGAGGACCUGCCGGGCCCGGCCUUCGAGAACUACGAGGCCAUGGAGCUGGCCUGCCCGGCCGAGCGCAGCGGCCACGUAGCCGUCAGCGAUGGGCGCCACAUGUUCGUCUGGGGCGGCUACAAGAGUAAUCAAGUGAGAGGAUUAUAUGACUUUUAUCUGCCCAGAGAAGAACUGUGGAUCUACAACAUGGAGACUGGAAGAUGGAAGAAAAUCAACACUGAAGGUGACGUUCCCCCGUCGAUGUCUGGGAGCUGUGCUGUGUGUGUAGACAGGGUGCUGUACUUGUUUGGAGGGCACCAUUCCAGAGGCAACACAAAUAAGUUCUACAUGCUGGAUUCAAGGUCUGCAGACAGAGGGUUACAGUGGGAAAGAAUCGAUUGCCAAGGAAUUCCUCCAUCGUCAAAGGACAAACUUGGCGUCUGGGUGUAUAAAAACAAGUUAAUAUUUUUUGGAGGCUAUGGAUAUUUACCUGAAGAUAAAGUAUUGGGAACUUUUGAAUUUGAUGAAACAUCUUUUUGGAACUCAAGUCAUCCAAGAGGAUGGAAUGAUCAUGUCCAUAUUUUAGACACGGAAACAUUUGCUUGGAGCCAGCCCAUCACCACUGGUAAGGCACCUUCACCUCGGGCUGCGCAUGCCUGUGCAACUGUUGGAAACAAGGGCUUUGUGUUUGGUGGCAGAUACCGGGAUGCUAGAAUGAAUGAUCUUCACUAUCUUAAUCUGGAUACGUGGGAGUGGAAUGAACUAAUUCCACAAGGUAUAUGCCCUGUUGGCAGAUCCUGGCACUCACUGACACCAGUCUCUUCAGACCAUCUUUUUCUCUUUGGAGGAUUUACCACUGAAAAACAGCCACUAAGUGAUGCCUGGACUUACUGCAUCAGUAAAAAUGAAUGGAUUCAGUUUAAUCAUCCUUAUGUUGAAAAACCAAGAUUAUGGCAUACAGCUUGUGCGAGCGAUGAAGGAGAAGUAAUUGUUUUUGGUGGUUGUGCCAACAAUCUGCUGGUUCAUCAUAGAGCUGCACACAGUAAUGAAGUACUUAUAUUUUCAGUUCAACCAAAAUCUCUUGUACGGCUAAGCUUAGAAGCAGUCAUUUGCUUUAAAGAGAUGCUAGCCAACUCGUGGAGCUGCCUUCCAAAACACUUACUUCACAGUGUUAAUCAGAGGUUUGGUAGUAACAACACUUCUGGAUCAUAAGGCUUUGUAGAUAAUACUUCUGGUCUACUUGCAUGGAAAACAACCCCAUAUUUGUCACACAGUGUCAUCCUUUGUAUAAUUAUAUGCAUUGUUGUAGUUUGCAGCUUCCUGGGUUUUAUGUGCAUGUGAAUGGCCUAGAGAACCUAUUUUUGUGUCUAAAGUUUACAAUAAAUGUAUUUAACACCA